CGUUUGAGAGAAAAGCGAUCAUGGGUUCUUGUUCUAGAAAUUUGUAUGCAGGAAUAGGUGAAGGGCAAUCAACCACACGGCCACCUCUUUUUGAUGGAACCAAUUAUACAUAUUGGAAAGAACGAAUGAGAAUCUAUAUUUGUUCCACGAACUUCCAAUUAUGGUUGGUAAUCAAAAACGGGGAAGAGGUGCCGAUGAAGAAAGUCGGAGACAAGUUGAUCCCCAAAACCGAAGACGAGUUUGAUGCUGAAGACAUCAAGAAAGUAGAGAACUACGCAAAGGCGAUUAACAUGCUCUAUUGUGCGAACAACCCCGACGACUACCGCAAGAUCUCCUGCUGCUCAACCGCCAAGAAGAUGUGGGAUAAGCUCGAGGUGACGUACGAAGGAACGGACCAAGUACGGGAAGCCAAGAUUGACUUCCUCACCCAAGAGUAUGAGAUGUUCAGGAUGAAGGAGCACGAGAAGAUUGAGGACAUGUUCGACCGAUUUUCCAAGAUAGUCAACGAUCUUCAUGCAUUAAAGAAGACCUACACAGACAGGGAUCUUGUGCGAAAGAUCCUACGGAGCUUGACAUCCGAAUGGCGAUCCAAGGCCGAUGCCAUCUAUGAAUCAAUCGGCACAUCAAAUGUCACCAUUGACGGUCUAAGAGGUAAUCUAAAAACUUAUGAAUCUACUAUUCUUAACCCGUCUUUGAAUGACCAAAGGAAAGGGAUAGCAUUAAAAGCCGUCAAAGAAUCAACAAUGGAUGAUUCAAACGAUGAUGAUGAAGUCAAGCUUAUCAUAAAGAAAUUUUGCAAACUUCUAAAGAAGAAAGAAAAGGUUGAGGAUGGCCCUGUGUGCUAUGGAUGUGGUGAAGCCGGGCACAUCAAGAACAAAUGUCCAAGAAGCGGAAGGAAUGCUCGUCACUUCAAAAGGCAAAAAGCAUACAUCUCUUGGGGUGGAGACUCUGGCGAUGAAUUAAGCGAACAAGAGGAAGAAGAGGAAGCAAAUCUUUGUCUCAUAGCUCAAGAAAAAGAGGAGUCCACCAACAACGAAAACCAAGAGGUACGUAUUUCUUCUACCUGUACUAAUUCUUUUGAAGAAAUGCAAGAAGCUCUCCAAGAGCUUUAUGACGAGUUUGUUAGCGCUUCUAAAACCAACAAAGCUUUAAAGAAACAUUUUUCUAAUCUUGAAAUUGAGUUUGAAAAACUUCAAAAGGAAAACGAAAAACUAAAAGAGGAAAACAAAUUUUAUGGUAAAAGAAGCGCCGACAAACCCGAGAGCUCUACAAAACAUUGUGACUCUUGCAUAGCUUUGAAAGAACAAGUUGCUGAAUUAGAAAACACGGUGAAGAAAUUUAAUAAACCACAUAAGGAUCUUAAUCUUGUUUUUGAUUCUAUGCAAUACACUAAACAAGGAAUAGGAAAGGUGUUUUUCCUUCGGGUUGAAGUCUUGGAGUGCGGUAUCUCCGAGCAAGUGUUGUUGAGGCUCGUGGGACUCGAGUUCUCAGGUUGUAACGGUUUGUUAAGCACCCUCUUGGAGUGCGGUAUCUCCGAGCAAGUGUUGUUGAGGCUCGUGGGACUCGAGUUCUCAGGUUGUAACGGUUUGUUAAGCACCCGUAAGCUUAACGGAAGUAGUGUAGCUCGAGAGAACACACCUCCUGAGGAACCUGUUCUGGAGGAGAUAGAGCCCACUACUUACCCCCAAGUUCAAGAGUCUAAGGAGGAAUCUGUAGAUGAGGAAAUACUAUGCAUGGACAAACCAUUUUCGUCUAUAGAAACCUGCACAAAUAAUGAUUCAUCAGAAGAUUCAGACCAAACUUUCUUUGAUUCCUUACUUGACGGGUAUGACUAUGUCUGCCCGAAGGAUGGUUGGAACUUAAAAAGAUGGGAUGAACUUCUAAUGAGUGACGACGAGGACUCUUCCUUGGGGGAAGACACGGUCAUAAUCAUUAAACCACAAUUGGAUGGUCAGCCCAUUGAAGACAACGAAGAAAUCAAUCUUGCUAUGAAGGCCAAUGAUGUGUAUCAACUGAGGACACUUCCGCCCCCACCCACCUAUACAAGGUCUCCUCCUUUCCUAUUGUCACCAAGCCGCAGGGAUGAGUCAAGGAUCCUGGACCUUGACCAAACAAAACAUCAAACAGGAUGGCAUCAGAAGAGAGUCAGAAGGGCUAAACUUUAUGACUCUCGGAUCGGGAAGUCACAGAAAAAGUGGGUGAGCGUCAAGCUACGGACGUUAAAGAAGUGAUACUGGAUUCGGCCCAGCUGGAGGAUCCUAUC